GAACAUUAAUUUAUUUUUAUUAAAUUUUGGGCAACUAUUGACCAACAAAAAAAAAAGGAUAUGAUUUAGAUAUGAUCUUUGUAUAUGAUUCAAAGGUUCUCGUAAUUAAAAAUCUAGAGAAUUCUUGAUAAAACCGUUAUUAGAUAUUAAGUGGAUAUAACUUAUUCUCCCGCGCGUUCCAGAAUAGUCGUGAUCUGGCCAAAACUUUCCAGCUACUGUAUUUUCCGCUUCUUUUGUCUUCCGUUACGCACUAGAAACUUCUUUUUCCCAAUUUUCGUAUCUUGAUAUUUCUGCUCUAACCUAUAAAUACAUACUCCUCCUCCUCCCUGCUCAACACAAAACAGAAAAUACUUGCAAAUUAAAUCUCUCGUACAAAAAUUCUCAUACAUUUCCAUUACUUUUCUUCUAGUAAAUACAAUUACUCUCUUACAAUAAGAUUGUUGUAAUUAAGUUCCAGUAAAUCGAUUGACGCAAAAUGCCAGCAGCACCAGAAGGUAGAGCAAUUGGUAUUGAUCUUGGCACCACCUACAGUUGCGUAGGAGUAUGGCAAAACGACCGUGUUGAGAUCAUUGCCAAUGACCAGGGAAAUCGUACUACCCCAUCUUAUGUUGCCUUCACCGACACUGAGCGAUUGAUUGGAGAUGCUGCCAAGAAUCAGGUGGCAAUGAACCCCCAAAACACCGUUUUUGAUGCUAAGCGUCUCAUUGGUCGCCGCUUCUCAGACCCUGCGGUCCAAUCUGAUAUGAAGCUAUGGCCUUUUAAGGUUGUUGCCGGCCCAGCUGAUAAACCCAUGAUCCAAGUCACCUACAAGGGUGAACAGAAACAAUUUUCUGCUGAAGAGAUUUCAUCCAUGGUUUUGACUAAAAUGAGAGAAAUUGCAGAGGCCUACUUAGGUCACCCUGUGAAGAAUGCGGUGGUCACAGUACCGGCCUACUUCAAUGACUCUCAAAGGCAGGCAACCAAGGAUGCUGGAGCAAUUGCUGGGCUCAAUGUCAUGAGGAUUAUCAAUGAGCCUACAGCUGCAGCAAUUGCCUAUGGGUUGGACAAAAAAGGGUCUCGUUCUGGGGAGCAUAAUGUGCUCAUCUUUGACCUUGGUGGUGGUACUUUUGAUGUAUCUUUGCUCACUAUUGAAGAGGGUAUCUUCGAGGUCAAAGCCACUGCUGGAGAUACUCAUUUAGGUGGUGAGGAUUUUGAUAACCGCCUUGUCAAUCACUUUGUGGCGGAGUUCAAGAGGAAGCAUAAGAAGGAUAUUAGUGGGAAUGCCAGGGCUCUUAGGAGGUUAAGAACAGCAUGUGAAAGAGCUAAGAGAACUCUUUCUUCUACAACUCAGACUACUAUUGAGAUUGAUUCUCUAUAUGAAGGAAUUGAUUUCUACUCCACCAUUACCAGGGCUCGAUUUGAAGAAUUGAACAUGGAUUUGUUCAGGAAGUGUAUGGAGCCAGUGGAGAAAUGUUUAAGAGACUCCAAGAUUGAUAAAAGCCGUGUUCAUGAGGUUGUAUUGGUCGGAGGAUCCACAAGAAUUCCUAAAGUGCAGCAGCUUUUGUCUGAUUUCUUUAAUGGAAAGGAGCUGUGCAAGAGUAUCAACCCAGAUGAAGCAGUAGCAUAUGGUGCAGCUGUCCAAGCAGCUAUUCUGAGCGGUGAGGCCAAUGACAAGGUUCAAGACCUGUUGCUCCUUGAUGUAACACCUCUCAGUCUCGGAAUUGAAACUGCUGGUGGUGUAAUGACAGUUUUAAUACCAAGGAACACUACCAUUCCUACCAAAAAAGAGCAAAUCUUUUCUACAUACUCCGACAAUCAGACUGGCGUGCUCAUACAGGUGUAUGAAGGAGAGAGGACGAGGACUAAGGACAACAACCUUCUUGGAAAGUUUGAGCUCACUGGCAUUCCUCCCGCUCCUCGUGGUGUUCCUCAGAUCAAUGUAUGCUUUGACAUUGAUGCUAAUGGUAUUCUCAAUGUUUCUGCGGAAGAUAAGACGGCAGGGGUUAAAAACAAGAUCACCAUCACUAAUGACAAAGGGAGAUUAAGCAAAGAGGAAAUUGAAAAGAUGGUGAAGGAAGCAGAGAAGUACAAGGCUGAAGAUGAGGAAGUGAAGAAGAAGGUGGAUGCUAAGAACUCUUUGGAGAACUAUGCUUACAGUAUGAGGAAUACUAUCAAAGAUCAAAAGAUUGCUGCAAGUUUGACCUCAGCAGAUAAGGACAAGAUUGAAAAGGCUAUUGAGGAGACCAUUAAAUGGUUGGAUGGAAAUCAAUUGGCAGAGGUGGAUGAAUUUGAGGACAAGUUAAAGGAGUUGGAGGGAAUAUGCAAUCCUAUCAUUGCCAAGAUGUACCAAGGUGGUGCUGGGGGACCCACGCCUGCUUCUGGUAUGCCCAACUCUGAUACCGGUGCUGGCCCAAAGAUUGAAGAGGUUGAUUAAAUUUGAAAUUGAAACUGAAAUUGAAAUUAAAUUGAGAAAAUGUAAUAAUUGAAAAUACAAGUCCAGAAAGAAAAAUGUAAUGUUUUCUAUAAAAAGUAAAUAAAAGUAAUACUACAUUGAUCCAAUUAUUGUGUGUAGUGAUUCAAUUAAUAUUUCUUUGUAAACAUAUUUGUAAAGCAAAUGCAUAUAUUUUUUUCCGC